UAUAUGUGUAAGAGAGAGAGAAGAAGAGCGAAACAACAAAGGUCAAAGGAAGGCAGUUGGGGUAUUGUAUAGGGGUAAUGAUUUUUUGGUGGAGGAGGAUCAGAAACUCGUGAUGAGAAUUUUUCUCUUUUGAAAAUCUUUUCUCUCUCUCUCUCUCUUUUCUGCACAGAGUUUUUAUGUGGAAACAGAAGAAAGCAGCAGCAGGCAGGUAUUAUCAGUGCCCCUUAAGGAAUUUACAGCUUCGUCUCUUCCUUUUCUCGUGAUCUUUCUCUUUCCAUCCAUACGCUCUCUUUCUCUUCUCUCCCUUUCUUAUACCCCUUAUAUUUAUACACUACAUAUUCAUUGCUGUCGAGCCAUCUGGCCUGCGCUCUAUUGUUGGUUUUUAUCAAACACAGUUCCAGAAAAGAUUGAAGGGAGAGGGAGGCAGAUAAAAAGGAGAGACUUGUUUUUUAGAUGUGUGAAUAUCAAAAGGGAAACACGACGACGUUUUAGUUGGUAGCGAAAAUUGUUUGCGGUGGAGAUGGGGAGUUGUGGAAGGAGUAGUGGUGCAGUGAGACAGUACGUAAGAUCAAAGGUUCCUCGUUUGAGAUGGACUCCUGAGCUUCAUCACUGUUUUGUUCAUGCCAUCGACAGGCUUGGUGGUCAAGACAAAGCCACGCCUAAACUUGUUCUUCAGCUGAUGGAUGUGAAAGGACUUACCAUUUCACAUGUCAAGAGCCAUCUCCAGAUGUACAGAAGCAUGAGGAGUGACCUAGGCAGACCAGGUAGGAGUUCCACCCAUCAAAGAAGACAAUCUUUUGAGGAACAUGAUGGUUGUGUUGAUGAAGUAAAUGAUAUGGGUUUUCCCCCUUCUUCAAAACCCAUUCAAGAAUCAGAUUCUCUCUUCACGUACAGUACCAAUACUCUUCCUUCAAAAAGAGGUAGAAUCGAGAGCAGGAGUUCAAUCUCUGAUCAGAACCUGCAAUGCAGCCAAGGAAUAUGUGAAGCAGUCUCAAAUCCGUACUCUUUUGAUGAUUAUCUGCAGAACGUGGGUGAGCCUAAGCGAAUAAAGGAAGGCAGUAGCAGAAGGGAACAGCUCCAUGCUUGCCCCUUCUCUCUGCCGCAUGAUCUUCAUAACCUCACUUCCUUCACUUGCAAAAUGGACGAUUCUGAUUGCCUCAAGGUUUCCAAGUUAUAUGAGGAACAAAAGCGAAGUAGAGAAGAAACGUAUUGCAAAUCCAAGAAGCCUAAAAGGCAUCAUCAAGAAGAAGGUGGUGGGUGUGAACUAUCACUGUCUCUAUCACUGCACUGUCCAUGGUCUCAAAGAAGUAUUGCAUCAGCGACAAGCGAAAUCAGUGAGGCAAUUUCAUCGUGCUCGGGAUCAUCAUCAGCUGAGCAGCGCAGUAUUAACUUGGACUUGUCUAUUGCUCUAUGUGGUUCUUAGUUACCUAAAUUUGAUUUGUUGUUAUCAAUGGUUUCAUCCUAUGGGUUCAAUGAUGAGUACAUGUUUUAAAUUUAAAAGAAAAUGUCGGCAUCUACAUAUCUUGUUUUAGUUGGUUUGUGUAUGUUUGGCCAUUGUUAAAAGUUAAAAGAAAAACCCACUUUUGUCUAGAGCUGGAUUUAGGGUUCCAGCUUUCUGGUUUAGAAUGUACAACCAUGAAACUUUAAGAGAUGUAAUCAAAAGUUUAGUCAAAUUUAUAUCGGGAUUAAUGCUAGGUCGUGGUGGUUAAAAUAAAUUCUGCAAGUAGCAUUCAGGAAGAAUAAUUUUUUCAUUAUCUUUUAUUGUUGCUAAUGGCUAUCUGUAUGUAAAGAUUAAUGGUGGAAAUACAACUU